GCCCGUAAGCUGUACCCCUAGCACGAACAUCUUGCGAAAAAGUAUUCGUAUCGUUAACGUGAGCGUUUUGUAUGGAAACAUAAACAGCGCCUCUAGUGUGCGUAAUAUGAACUAAAUUUGUGAGCACGAACAUAAGUCAAGUAAGUUUCGUAUCGUAUUCGUAACGUAACUAUCGUAACCUUGAGUCGUUUGUAUGGAGAUAGGAAGCACGAAGGUAUAAAUUGACGUAUCGUAUCGUGAUUGUCGAAGGCUGGCUUGCGAGUUUUACGAAAGUUUAUACACUUUAAAUUUGACAGUGACAAAACUUUCGUCAGAGUUUCUUGGAAGAUUUAAAUAGUAAUUAAGUGAUUGUGUGACCGAAUUUUGCUGAAAAAUGCUUAGAUUAACAAGAAGCACCCAUCGACGUAGCACGUUGUACCAUUAUCUUGCGGCGCGAUUGAUUGUUGAAAGUGGAAAUGUACGAAGAGAAACUAGGUGAGUCAUCUACUACAAUACUUUAUGUAGAUAAAUAGAAAAUAAGUUGGUUUAUUAAUGUACUAUUGUAAUUUCAGAGAAAUCUCGAGGAGAGCUCUCCUCAGAAAAAAUAUAGCCAAUAUUAACGUGCAAUAUCUAAGCGAUACAGAAUUUAGAAAUAGAUUUCGUCUCAGUAAGGAAGCAUUUUUGCAUUUAUGUCGCGAAUUAAGGGUCAAAUCUAGUCUAUGACCAAGUAAAAGGAUCAGCCUGGAACAUAAAGUACUGUGUGCUUUAUCAUUUUAUGCUACAGGCUCCUACCAAAGAAUAGUAGGAAUGGCUAAAUGUUUAGGGCAAACCACAGUUAGUAAAUAUGUGAGACAGGUUACUGACGCCCUUGUAACCCCCUCAAUAUUAAAUUACUUUAUAAAAUUUCCUGCGACCCUAGAGCAGCGUAAUAUUAUAAAAAACAAAUUUUAUACAAAAUUUGGCAUCCCUGGAGUAAUAGGAUGCAUAGAUGGGUCUCAUUUUCAUAUAUUCACUCCAAAAAGAGACAUUGAGCAUUUAUUUUAUUGCAGAAAGCAUUUCUACUCACUGAAUGUGCAAAUGAUAUGUGACAGUGAAUGCCGAAUUAUUAGUGUUAAUGCAAAAUAUGGAGGUGCUACCCACGACGCAUUUAUUUGGGAAAAUAGUCAAGCCAAUAGAUAUAUCCAGGACAUAAAUAAAAAUAAUGAACAAGUUUGGUUUUUAGGUGAUUCUGGAUAUCCACAGAGGCCUUGGAUGAUGACACCAAUCCCAGAUGCUGCUGAAGGUACGCCAGAGGCAAAAUAUAAUACCAUCCAUGGGAAAGCCAGAGUUGUAAUAGAAAAUACAUUUGGUAGACUUAAAAAUAGGUGGAGAUGCCUUUGUAAGGACCGGACAUUACACUACACCCCCGAAAGAUGUGCAACUAUAAUUAUGGCAUGUAGCGUUCUACACAACUUAGCGAUAGAUUUUAUGGUGCCCGAUCCUGAAGAAGAUGUCAUAGAUUCUUUAGAAUUAGGAAUAUCAGCAGUUUCUUCAGAAGAACCUCUUCGCGAUCAUGGUUCUAGAGAUGAUUUGAUUCGCGGUAGAACACUAAGACAAAUAUUAGUGGAUAGAAUCAUAGACUACACAUUGUUAAUAAUUAAUUUAAUGUUCCAUUUUUUUUCUAGGUUUUGUGUUACCAUGUGUCAUAAGAGAAUAAUUGUAUGA